AUGGAUCUAGAUUAUUUAAAUCCUGAUUUUGACACAUCGACCUUAAAAGUAACUGAUCUGAGAAGGAUUUUAACAGAAAAUUCGAUCGACUAUUCAUCACAUUCUAAGAAAUCUCAGUUAUUAGAAUUAUACAAGGAAAAUAUUGUUCCAUUGAUUCCUGAGUUAAGGGAAAAACACCUAAAUGUGAAACCAAGCAGUAACGGAAUCAAAGGAAUUACCCCAGAUAAUACAAUCAAAAAGAAAAGAAAGAGAGAAUCUUUAGAAAAUGAAAGUGCUAUUAAUCCAGAAACUAACUCCACUGGAAGAAAACUUAAUGAAGAGUUUCUGAAAGAUGCAUCUACUCCUUUAAACAAAAAAUCGAAAAAAGAUUCUAAAUCUAUGACACCUAUAAUCGAUAAAGUAUCGAAGAAAAGUCCAUCAAAAUCCCCAGAAAGAGCACUUAUGAUUGACAAAUUUGAAUUGUCAUCCUCAUCCUCUGAUUCUGAUUUAGCCGAUUCAAUAGUUCAGUUUACAGAAUCAAAAUUGUUUGAAUCUCAACAAAGAACAUCAUCAACACCAUCGAAAAAUAACUUAGAUUUUUCAUAUAAAGGAAAUGAAGCAUCUCCAAGUUUUAAUAACUUGAAGGUGUCACCUGCAUUUGCUAAACAACUUCAUAGGGCACUAGAAGAAAAUAAAAAUACCACAGAGGCAACCGAGGAAGGAAAAUCAAAUUAUUCCCCUUUGUUAUCUGAUGAAAGUAGCAUUACUGAUUUCAUACCUUCUUCAAGUAAAAUUCCUAACGUACCUUCACUGAACGAACAAUUGUCUCCCGCAUAUGAUUUCAGUAAACCUGAAAGGGGUGAACCAUUAGUGGAAAUAACUGAUGUUGACAAUGAUAUGGAUGACAAUCUCCAAAUUGGCCGUAUUAAGACCCCAGAAUUGCCAGAUGAGGAUGAUGUAAAAGAAAGUGAAAACCGUGUUAAACAAAUGCAGAAUCAAAUUGACAACCAUGACGAGAAUUCAAGUGCUGAGUCAGGAUCAUUUACCAAUCCAAAAAAGGACUUGGCGCAAAAGGCUAAAGAAUCCAAUUUACCAAAAUUACAGAAGACACCAGUUAUAAGAUCCAAAGAUGUAAUCUUAACAGAACAACACAUAAAACAAGGUCUAGAGCCAAUUUUAUCAAGAAGUCGAAAAGAAGAAGAAAAGUAUGAUGUGAAACAUAUCCUAGAUGACAAUAUAGAAAUUAAAGAAGAUGAUGAGUUAGAGGUCAUCUCAGAUGAUGAUGAACAAACUGCUGCUAUAAAUGGGCAUGAAGAUACCAAGCCAAGAACAUUUGCUCGUUUUAUUAGGACUUGUUUCUUUAAUUCUCUAGCUUUAUCUUUCAUAAUGGUACCAAUAUUACUGGGACUUUGGUACCGUGAGCAAAAAUUAUUGGUUGGCUAUUGUGGUCAUGAAUUACCUACUUCUAAAUUUGAAACUUUAUAUCCACAUUUCCCCCUAGCUUCCACAUUAGAUAACAUUUUAGUGCCUUUACUGCCCGAAUGCAUACCAUGUCCUGAAAAUUCAAUUUGCUACCCUCACAUGAAACUAAAAUGUAAGCCUGAUCACAAGCUGGUAAGAUCCAAAUUCAAUUUAUUUGGAUUGAUACCAAUCAGUCAUAAAUGUGAAAGGGAUGAUAAGAGAGACCAAUUAGUUAAAGAAGUGGUCGAAAAAUCACUAGAAUUUUUAAGAAUAAAAAAUGCACAAAUUAUGUGUGGCGAAAGCAAUAAUGAUCUGGAAAGCGGCCUAAGUGAAGAUGAACUUUACGAAAUAUUUAAUGAAUCUCGCGCCCCAUGGAUUGAAGCGGAAGAGUUUUCAGAGCUAUGGGAUGAAGUUGUUCAAAUUUUAAAAGAAAAACCAGAAAUCACAUGGAGGCAAGUGAGUAAUGAUGACUUAUUUUUUAUUAAAUCAAACAAGAAUGAAAUUACUAACAAAUCUAAACAGUUAUUCGAUGAUAACCCCGACUUUUCAAACGAUACCGAUAAACACAUUCAAGCCCAUGAGAUUCAAGGACAGGAAGGAUAUAUUUCACAAACAAGAACCAAAUCAAAAAACGGACAUUUUCGCUCAUCGUCCAAGAAAUAUAUCAGCCUCAAAUGCAAGUUUGAAAGUGAAGUAUACAGAACCUAUUACAAUUUCAGAUAUCUAAUUUGGGCCCUUGUUGCUACAUUAUCAUUCAUAAAAAUUAUAGAGGUCAGCCUAAAAAAAUAUUUCAAGGAGAAGAAAGAAACUGUACAGUUAGCUAAAAAGACUAUCGAGAGGCUCAAGAAAGCCAAAAAACAAAAUGCCGACCCAGCCUAUUUAAGUACAGUGCAAUUACGUGACAUAUUCCUGUCUGAUCUAGUGGACUUGAAAUACAAGAAUUAUUUGUGGGAGAAAGCAUUAAAAGAGUUGAGAUCCAAUACAAAUAUCAAAACAAAUUUGGUGGAAAUACAUGGGGAAGUCAUGAAAUGCCUUGAAUGGAUAGGCCCGCUUGAAGAUGACGAAAAUAUCACUAAUGGAAAUGAUUGA